AUGGCCAACCCCAACACACCCGGCGGUGACUGUGACUACAUCUUCAAGAUCAUUGUCAUUGGUGACAGUGGCGUAGGCAAGUCAUCCUUGACGGUGCGCCUCUCCGAAGAUGUCUUCUACAAGGACUACGCCUCCACCAUCGCCAUUGACUUUCGCAUGCACCAGAUGAACUACAUGGACAAGCGCGUCCGCCUUCAGAUUUGGGACACGGCCGGCCAGGAGCGCUUCCAGUCUGUCGCCACGGCGUUCUACCGCGGCGCCAAUGGGGUGCUGCUCUGCUUCGACCUCACCCACCGCCCGUCCUUUAUCCACCUAGAGCAGUGGAUGGAACGCGUGAGGCAGCAGGCGCUCCCCGGCAUCCCGUGUCUGCUGGUGGGGUGCAAAAGCGAUGAGGCCCGCUCCAGCCGUCAGGUGACGCGCGAGGAGGCGGUGGCCUGGGCUCAGCAACACAACAUGGCCUUCAUCGAGACGAGCGCCAAGGAGAAGGAGAAUGUGCAGACGGCCUUCCAGCAGAUCACCAAGUUCAUCUUCGAGGACAUGAAGGAGCGCAACGGCAAGACACCGACUGCCGGAGACAACGCGGCUGGCCGCUCUCAGAGCGUUAACUUUGAUCGCCAGCGAAGCAACCGUAAGGAGAGCAAGUGCUGCUAG